AUGAGGACUUACGAAUACAGUGAAACCGUAGCGGACGCCACGUCGUUAUUAGUAUACUAUUGGGCGUGUAAACUCGGCGAUUUCAAGUGCAGAGAGAUGGCUGCUAAUAUGUUGACACAACAUCUAAGUAACACCAAGAAAAAUCCAAUUCUGCCAGGUUGGGAGAAUUGGGUGUAUUGCGCGGGUCUAAUGAACGCGAACAAAAGUGUUUGGGAUCAAGCGGCGCGGCACUUUGUUACCAAAAACAGGGUAAUGAUAAAACACCUAUCUUGUACCGAGGACAAUAUGAUUGUAAAUAGUUUUUUGAAUUCAACUAUAUUCGACAUGAGUUCUGUAUGGGAUUAUUUGGAACCUGAACAGCUGAUGAAAUUAUACCGUGGCGUAAUGAAGAAGCACGCGAGGAAGAAGGAAGUGGUCGAUUUUAUCUUGGGCUAUUUUGACGAACUUAUGUCACAUCACAUGAAUAUAAACGAGAAAUUAGGUAGCAUUAUCAUGAACGUGUAUUCCAGGUGCCAACUUAAUCAGACGCGAUACAUUAGUUUACACGCUUACAAGCUGCAAGUAGAGAACAAAUCGAUACUGUUUGUUGUCCGUAAAGAUAAUACGGUCUGUAAGCCGCGGAUGUACAGUUAUUGCACGGAAACGCAGACUUUGGUUCUCGAGUUCGACAAGCGAAUCUUGUCUGCGUUUCCGAAACUGCCGGUAAAAUACGUGAGAGGUUGGGCGCUCACUGUUAUGAGAGAGCUGCAGACUGCCAGUGCACGGCAAUUCUGGACGAUCUUGAACGCAGCGGAAAACGAAUUCGAGAAAAAUUACGAGUAUAAAUUAAAGGAAGUAAUGGAAUCCUGGCUAACACAAUCAAACACGCCUACAUUGUAUGUUGACAUUGAGCAAUAUGACAACAGUAUAAUAGUACGUCUUAUGCAAAGAAUUUAUGAUGCGCAACUCACCGUUAUCCGCCACAUCAAGUAG